UCAGUCACCUCCUCUACAUGGAUGACAUAAAGCUGUAUGCUAAGAGCGAAAGGGACAUAGAUUCCCUGAUCCACACAACCAGGAUCUACAGCAGCGACAUCGGGAUGUCAUUCGGGCUUGAGAAAUGUAGUCGGAUGGUGACUAAGAGAGGAAGGGUAGUCCGCACUGAAGGGGUCUCACUCCCUGAAGGAACAAUAACAGACAUUGAGGACAGCUACAAGUACCUUGGUAUACCACAAGCCAAUGGCAACCUCGAACUGGCAACAAGGAAAGCGGCUACGGCCAAAUACCUCCAGCGAGUGAGGCAAGUCCUAAGAAGCCAGCUCAAUGGCAAGAAUAAGACCCGGGCAAUAAACAGCUAUGCCCUGCCAGUGAUCAGAUACCCUGCAGGAAUAAUAAGGUGGCCAAAGGAAGAGAUUCAGACCACGGACGUUAAGACCCGAAAGCUCCUAACCAUGCAUGGAGGGUUUCAUCCCAAAUCCAGCACCCUGAGACUGUACGCAAGCCGAAAGGAAGGAGGCCGGGGACUAGUGAGUGUGAGAGCCACUGUCCAGGAUGAAAUAUCCAAGCUCCAUGAAUACAUCAAGGAGAAGGCUCAAACGGAUGACGUACUCAGAGAAUGUCUCAGACAAUGGGGAACAGAAGAUGAGGCGCUGGAAGAGGGACCAUCAUGGGAGGACAAGCCCCUACACGGGAUGUACCACCGGACCAUAACUGAAGUGGCUGAUCUCAAGAAGUCCUAUCAGUGGCUAGUGAGGGCUGGCCUGAAGGACAGCACAGAGGCACUCAUCCUGGCUGCUCAGGAGCAGGCCUUGAGCACCAGAGCCAUCGAGGCCCAGAUAUACCACACCAGACAAGACCCAAGGUGUAGGUUGUGCAAAGAGGCACCUGAGACGAUCCAACACAUAACUGCAGGGUGUAAGAUGCUGGCAGGGAAAGCCUACAUGGAACGCCAUAACCAGGUGGCUGGCAUAGUCUACCGAAACAUCUGUGCGGAGUAUGGAUUGGAAACCCCAAGGUCAAAAUGGGAAACACCACAGAAGGUGGUGGAGAAUGACAGAGCGAAGAUCCUGUGGGACUUCCAGAUCCAGACUGACAAGAUGGUAAUGGCGAACCAACCAGAUAUCGUGAUCAUAGAUAAAGGGCAGAGGAAAGCCGUUGUAGUGGAUGUAGAGGUCCCAAGUGAUGGAAACAUCAGGAAGAAGGAACAUGAGAAACUCGAGAAAUACCAAGGGCUCAGAGAGGAGCUUUAGAGAGCCUGGAAGGUAAAGGUGACAGUCGUGCCUGUGG